AUGAUUCCCUGCCAACAGAUCGCAGCGCCCAUGGUGCGGUUCUCUAAGUUACCUUUCCGCCACGUGGUGAGAAGCUGGGGUUGUGAGCUUGUCUACACCCCGAUGAUAAUGGCCGAAUCCUUCAUCGCCUCCAGCCGCGCUCGAGACAUCGAGUUCACCACCAACCACCACGAUCGCCCUGUGAUCGUUCAGUUCGCGGCGCACGAUGCCAUGGAGUUGAGCAAGGCGGCGGCCUUGCUCGCAGGGAAGGUCGAUGGGGUAGAUAUCAACUGCGGGUGCCCUCAGCGCUGGGCCAUCAAGGAGGGCGUUGGUGCUGCCCUCCUCAAGAAACCUGAGCUUGUUCGGGACAUGGUCAAGAUGACGAGGGAAAGCUCUGGACUUCCAGUCUCCAUCAAGAUCCGCACGGAUCCGGACUUGAAGGAGACACUCCGCCUGACAAGACUGGCAGAGGAGGUUGGGGUAUCGUUCAUCACUCUGCAUGGUCGGACGGCGUUGAGCAAGCCGUCGGAUCCCGUCGACUUCGAUGCGAUCCGGCUGGUCAAGGAGCACCUGCGCGUCCCGCUCGUCGCCAACGGGGACGUCAAACAGCUGCAGGAUGUCUACGACAUCUUCAACUCUACUGGAGCGGACGGAGCCAUGGCAGCGCGCGGGUUGCUGGUGAACCCAGCUAUGUUCAGCGGGUACGAUCAGACUCCGACGGAGUGUGUGAACGACUACGUCUACUCUGCUCUGCAGCUGGGGACAAGAUUCGAGCAGAUCUUUCACAAGACACUAGAGUGGAUGCUCUGCGAAGUCCUCAACAAGUCUGACCGGAUCCACCUCAACGGAUGCGUCUCCGUCUCAGGGGUGAGCCAUAGUCUUAUGCAGUCCGUCUCCCUUCCUUGCUUUCGCUGCCCUCCCUCGCUACUGUCCCUCCUUCCCUGUGCGUCUCACUCUCUCUUUUCCCCUAUCUCUCCCUUCCUGGACUCCUUUCUCCUCGUAGAGGAAGGGUGGGAGAGGAAGUCAAAGGCUGAGCGCAGCCCUGCAGGUGCUGCAGUUCUUGAGGGCGCGAGGGUUUGA